AUGGUCAUGACCCAACUCACAGGCUUAGCGUAUAAUUUCUUUAUGGGGGAUCAAAAUCCGUGGCACGGAGCGUCGUGGAGGUUAGAAUCAAAUGGACUUGUUGAAUGUACGGGUAAAUUUUGUGGCAGUCUUAUGAACCAUGGAGGAAUCAAUUGGUCUGCUCCAUUUCCGCAUGUGAACACGGCCUUAGAAAGCCAUGAAUGCACCCCCGAUGCCAAGAUUUCCGAGGAGAUGCAGUGCAAAAAGGGACUUUUGUGCGACACGGGACCGGGACGACCCCGCGUUUUUGCGGCAUCAUCACGCGUCAUUACAAUAUAUUCUCGCAUUUAG